ACAUGAAGAACGCCACCAAAAAGAAAAAAAAAGCAGGGAAGCCACGGGUGACCUUUCCAACGAGAACGAAGUACCGUGUUUUUAAAGGAAGUGCCUUUAAAAUACGAGCAGGCCAAUAUCCGCUUUGGGUUAGUCGACCUCCUGCAAAUCCUAGUUGACUUGCUUCAUAGCCUCUCCCGCAUCCCUAACACAGGUAGCCUGAUAUGAGUCUUAUAGCAACUCAGCCAGAUUACCAUGUCACGAUCCCUGUGCUGGCUCCCAUGGUAGCCCAGGAAAGAGACACCCAGGUCUCAGCUUUAACCCACACCCCAUGAUAGCGAAAUUCUCGCUGCUAGUGUUGCAGUGCUUGGGUUGUUCAGUAGCUUUGCUUCUUCCGCCUCGUGUACCAUAUCAUGAAGUCCUCCAGUCCAUAACAGUGUCCAGGAACUAAUUCGGUAGAAAAGCUCCCGCGUCGACGCCAUACUAAUACCGUUUGAAGUUGUGCAUCAAUGAUCAGGCCUAAAGCCCUGUUUCUAUUCUUUGCGACUCUUGUCUCCUGUGACCAGGAGUCGCUUGCGGUCGGAAAGUUCUUCAAUCCACCAAAUGCGCCCGAAUCUCCGAGUCCCUUCUCGGACAACGCAGUUUGGGCCGUCGGCGACGUGCAGACGAUCAAGUUUACGACAACCUAUUCCAACUACACCGUAGCCCUCUGGCAGCAGAACCUGGAAGGAGGUUUCGCCCUGCUCGGUCCGGUCAUUUUCCAGACCGAGACGAACGCGUUUCCGCAGUUCGACUGGGCGAUCCAGGUGUUCGACCUGGAUCUCUCGUUCUCGAGCGUGUUCUUUCUCUGGCUCCACGCAGGUGUGUCGGCCGAUCAGGGCAAGCCGCAGCCGCUCUCGGUCACAUCGGCUUUCUUCAACAUCACUCGCGCAGCGGCAGCAGGGUCAGCUUCCAAUGCGACGGCCACUUCCAGCGCCGUUGCCUCGACUUCCACGCCGGCCGUCAUGGUAACCGCCACAUCAGGCCCUGCCAUCGGCGAGGAUGGCUCGGGUCAGGUCGAUGGUCUGUCGACGGGGGCGAAGGCGGGAAUAGGGAUAGGAGCCUCACUUGCCGUCUGCGGAGCAGUUACCGCGGUCUAUUUCUGCCUUCGGAAGAAGAUAAGGGCCAGCGCCGAUCGGGCGAAUCGAACAAAAGAUGAAGUUGAAGGAACGAGGCCAAUCGACGGCGCCGUACACGAGAAGCCGGUAGACACAGGUCUGACGGAAUUGGAUGGCCAGCAGGAGUACCAACACCAUAUCUCUCCUAUUAAAAGAACCCCUGUAGAGCUUAGUCAAGACUAAGAGUCACACCAAAUGAGAACUCAUUUAUCCCUCCGUCCGAGAUGAUGAAGCCUCGGUACUGACGGAGGGUGGCGUGUCC